CGUUAUAGAACGCCUCUGAAUUUCACUUCACUUUUUAUGCUUAUUUGACGGAAUGUUUUGUAUGUUUUGAUAUUAAUGACGUGGUAUACAAGUGUGAGACUGAGACUCGGUGAGAGAUAACAUGUCAGCUUGUGACAUGUCAAGAAAUGUGGCAUUUAUUUUAUUAAUCGAGUAAUUGCAUCAAAAAGUGGUGCAUUCACAAAGAAAUUUCAAGAAUGGAGGCUCUAAGAUAAAAAGCCUGGAGCGUUAAGAGGCAAGAUGAACCACAUCCCACCACAAUGAGCUAGUAAGAGGAAGAAACAGUGUGAUAUUCCAUCUGUGAUAAGUUCAUUAGUGGAUUACAAUUAUCUCCCUUGGGGACAUCUGAAAUUGUCUCCCUUGAUUUAAAUUUUCAUUUAUAUUUCUUCACGAAUUUAGGAGUUAGCUGACAAAUAAAACAUGGCAAGUUUUUUUCGUAGGAAACGCAGCUUAAUUUUUAAGAUAUUGAUAGCAAUACCAGUGCUAUGGAUUGCCGUUGUGUUGUUUCUAAGUUUUCAAAGUUCUGAUGAUGACAGACCAUUGCAAGAGCGGCAGAAUAGAGACCAUAAACAUGUUCCGAUUGGUCAAAAUGAGGCGCCACGCGAUUCCGGUGGAGUGUUUGAAGGUUUUCAAAAUCCUUUAGAAAAGUUAAAUCGUAUAGUGCAGCCUUUUAAUCCCUUUGUAAAUAACGAAGUGACCAAAGCAAAGAAUGUGAUAAAGGACUCAAAUGGAGGUAUGCCUGCGUUUGAUAGAAAUCAUGGAAAUCCAGAUGAACUUGUGGUGCAUGAGCCUUACGAUGUGUCUGGGAAAUUCAGAGAGAAUAACCAACAGGCUCCAGGAGAGAAUGGGGAGGGUGUUCCUGUGGAUAAGGAGAAGUUGUCACCAAGCGAGCGGAAGCUCUAUGACGACGGUUGGCAGAACAAUGCGUUCAACCAGUAUGUCAGCGACCAGAUCUCCCUACACAGGAGCCUACGAGAUGUGCGUGACGAAGAAUGUAAAGCAUUGAAAUACCAUCGGAAGCUUCCUGAUACUAGUGUGGUGAUAUGUUUUCACAACGAGGCUUGGACUGUACUACUACGAACCUUCCAUAGUGUGUUAGAUCGCACCCCACCUGAACUUCUAAGGGAGAUCAUUCUUGUUGACGACUUCUCUGAUAAAGACCAUCUGAAGACCCAGUUAGAAGACUACAUCAAAGGCUACCCCAAGGUGAAGGUGGUGCGUACGGCUCAGCGGGAGGGCCUCAUAAGGGCUCGUCUCCUGGGCUUCUCCGCUGCAACGGGGGACGUUGUGACCUUCCUGGACUCCCACUGUGAAUGUGCCGUUGGAUGGGUGGAGCCCUUGCUUGAUCGCAUUGCGGAAAACAAGACCAACGUAGUGUGCCCCGUUAUAGACGUGAUUGAAGACGAUACAUUCAAAUACCAGUACGGGAAUGCACGGUCUACCAGCAUAGGUGGCUUUGACUGGAACCUGCAGUUUAACUGGCACGCAAUUCCAGACUAUGAACGACAGCGGAGAGGAAAUAAAGACUACAUGCCUGUCAGGAGCCCUACCAUGGCAGGCGGCCUGUUUUCUAUCUCACGGGAGUAUUUCAACGACCUUGGCACGUAUGAUCCGGGUAUGGAUAUCUGGGGUGGAGAGAACCUAGAGCUCUCAUUCAGGGUGUGGAUGUGUGGUGGUACCCUGGAGAUCGUCCCAUGCUCUCACGUUGGUCACAUCUUCCGCAAACGCUCUCCCUACAAGUGGAGGGGUGGGGUAAACGUAGUCAAGAAAAACUCAAUACGUCUUGCUGAAGUGUGGAUGGACGAUUACAAGCAAUACUACUACGAGCGGUUUAAUAAUGACUUGGGAGAUUAUGGUGACAUCACUGAAAGGAAGGCGCUCAGAAACAAACUGAAGUGCAAGAGUUUUGAUUGGUUCGUAAAGAAUAUUUAUCCAGAUUUGUUCGUACCUGGAGAGUCGAUAGCUUCAGGAGAGAUUCGCAAUAAGGCCAAGCCGAUGUGUGUGGACAGCGCGGUAGACACUCAGAACUACCACAAGCCGGUUAACAUGUGGCCCUGUCACAACCAGGGGGGCAACCAGUACUGGAUGUUGAGCAAGCAUGGGGAGAUUCGCCGUGAUGACGGUUGUCUUGACUACAGUGGGGGCGAGAACGUGAUCAUCUACCCUUGUCACGGACAGAAAGGCAACCAGGAGUGGAAUUAUAGAGAGGAUAACACUGUUUUACAUGUGAACACCAACAAAUGCAUGACAGUCUCGCUGGAUGGCCAGAAACUUUUGAUGGAAAAAUGCUCCGGUAUUGAUAGGCAGCUCUGGACUUGGAAAAGAAAGGAAGGACACAGUGUAUAGUUAGAGUAGAAUGUAACCUAUAGUUUCAUUAUUCCUUUUUGUUUAUUUUCUUAUUUUUGAUUUUGAUUUAUUGACCACUAUAAUUUACUGCAUUUUUGUUUUGCUUGUAUGUAGUUCUUAUUAGGUUAUGUUUGUUAAUUAUUACUUAAUAAUUACUAUUAUUAUUACUUAAGCUUUUUGGAAGAACUUACGUAAAAUGUCAUGAUGCAGUCUAAAGAAGAGCUUGAUGUUUACAUGUAAGACGUGCUCUGUGAAAAAGGGGGUUAAUGCAUGUGCGUAAAUUGUCAUUCAAGAUUAGCCUGUGCUUUAUGCACAGGCUAAUCAUGGAUAAAACUUUCAUUUUUCGUUUACAGAAAGUCUCUUCUUGGCAAAAAUCAAGUUAAGGCAGAAAGUGUUGUCCCUGAUAAACCUGUGUGGACUGCACAUGCUAAGCUGGGACAACACUUUACGCACAUGCAUUAAACCCCUUUUUCACAUAGCACGGCUAAUUUUUAAUAUUAUUUAAAGAAGCAAAAUUUUGAAAUAUAGAUUGAUUAUUUUAAUUUAUUUUGUUUAUCCAUCAAGUCUUUGGUAUUAACAACACAAUGCUUAUGCAUUAUUUUAUCAUAAUUUUGUGAAUGAUAAGAAAUAUAUGACAUUAUCAUAUUUGUUGUUGUUUGAUAUUAAUAUUAAUGGCUUUAAACAGAUGUUGCCAUAAUGUAUUUUCAAUAUUUAUAUUUACGACUUGAUGUCUGCAGAUUGUUGUUCUAUAUGUUAGUUAAUUAGUGAUAUUAACUUUAUGUAUGAGGAAUUUUAUGUAUAUUUAAUCAUGUUUGACAUGCUGUUUAUAAGUAAUGGUUUCAUGGUGAUUGUUUGUAAGGGAUUUUUUAUCAUUGAAAGUGGAAAGUAAUUUAUGUGAUAAAAAUUGCAGGUUAUUGGUUGAUAGAUUGAUUAAUAA